AUGAAGAUUCUCAAAGAGAAGUUGAUCGUUCCCAAAGGAUGUCCCCUCAAUCUGCUUGAAAAUCUCCGAUUUGUUCGUGCUAAAACAGAGGAGAAGCAAGAGAUGGCUGACUGGCCUGAGGAGCUGUCUGCAAGGUGGGCAGAGGGUGAUGCGCAUGGCGUCAUGGUGAAUGCACCGCUUGAGAAGGUCCCUGCACUACGGGAAGAAGAAGAAGAAGCUGACGUUGUCUCUUGA